AUGAUACACAUUCAGAAGAAACCGGACUUUGAAUUUGCAUCUUUUCCUGGGCUCCAUAUAUGUGGCACCACACUCUCGUGUGACGCUGAGUGGCCGAAAGGCCAUGCCCAGAAACUUGAGAUGCAGCUUCCCUGGGCAGGCAGGACCUUUCAGUUCUCCAUCUCCCAGCCACAAACCUGGAGCUGCGACAGCGGUGACUCCCUGGCUGGUAGCACUUCCUACACACCACAUUCCAGAGAACUGAGGAAGGCCGCCAAGAGGCUGCUCCGCUCGCCCCGGGAGCCCCCGGCGGCCCAGAGCUUCCACGGCUGCCUGUACCGGACGUCCCCGGACCCCGCGCAGCUGGGCGCGGCUUACAGCGUGGGGCUGGUGGUGGCCUGCUACCUGCUGCCCUUCCUGCUCAUGUGCUUCUGCCACUACCACAUCUGCAAGACGGUGCGCCUGUCCGACGUGCGCGUGCGGCCCCUGACCACGUACGCGCGCGUGCUGCGCUUUUUCAGCGAGGUGCGCACGGCCACCACCGUGCUUAUCAUGAUCGUCUUCGUCAUCUGCUGCUGGGGGCCCUACUGCUUCCUGGUGCUGCUGGCUGCGGCCCGGCAGGCCCAGGCCGCGCAAGCCCCCUCGCUCCUCAAUGUGGUGGCCGUCUGGCUGACCUGGGCCAAUGGGGCCAUCAACCCUGUCAUCUACGCCAUUCGCAACCCCAACAUUUCGAUGCUCCUGGGGCGCAACCGGGAAGAGGGCUACCGGACUAGGAACGUGGACGCUUUCCUGCCCAACCAGGGCCCCGGUCUGCAGGCCAGAAGCCGCAAUCGCCUUCGAAACCGCUACGCCAACCGGCUGGGAGCCUUCAGCAGGAUGUCCUCUUCCAACCCGUCCAGCGGGAUGGGAGGGGACGUGGCCAUGUGGGCUCGAAAAAACCCAGUUGUGCUUUUCUGCAGGGAGGGGCCCCUAGAACCAGUGACAGCAGCGGUCAAACAGCCUAAGUCUGAAGCUGGGGACACCAGCCUCUAA